AGUGUUUCAAAGUGUUUUUAUGCAUGAGUUAUCCCACGAAAAUGGCGCCAAAUCAUCAUCCUCAUCACUUCAUGUUGCAUGGUUUACCGCUGGAGCCUGUCUCGCGUACAUAUCAAUAUCGAAAAAUUAUGAAACCGAUGUUGGAGCGUAAACGUCGUGCCCGCAUCAACAAAUGUCUGGAUGAGUUAAAGGAUUUAAUGACCAGCACUUUGCAGGCGGACGGCGAAAAUCUCUCCAAGUUGGAAAAGGCCGACAUACUCGAACUAACCGUACGCCAUCUACAUCGCCUACGCGAAACAAAUGGCCUCUUCGUACGUCAUACCGACACUAUGAAUAUGGAAAAGUUCUGGGCUGGAUUCCAGCAUUGCGCUGUGGAAGUAUCACAUUUUCUACAAAAAUACAAUCAACCAAAUAAACAUAUGAAUGGUGAUUUAAUUAAAUAUAUUGCGAAUUAUGUGCCAAAUAUGGCAGCAGCGGUGGCUACGGCAGCCGCGCAUGCUAAUCCAACAGCUGCAGCAACAGCAACAGCAGCCACUCAAAUACCAACCGCACACAUACCGCAGUCAGCAGUGGCAAUGCAAAUAACAGCGGCGGGCAAUGGAGUUACCUGUGACAAUAUGACUAAUAAUAUAAAUGCGCAUUACCAAAGAUUUUGCACAGCGCUGCGGCAGCACCAUCAACCAGCAGCAGGAGUGGCAGGGAUUGGCAAAUUGGCGGCAGACAUGCUUGCACCCACACCUAUACCAACAGCACUAGCUGCGGCAUCAGUGUCCUCAUCUAAUGCUCAACAACAACAAAUGCAAGUCUCUGCAUCAACGGUCUCCAGCUUUGAACGCAUUUGGGAGGCAGCAGCUCGAGCGGCGGCGAACGGCAAGCACCGUAUGCAUCCCUACGCUCGCAAAACAUUACAUAAUCACGGCAAUGUGGCGAGCGGUGAAUCUGCGUCAGGCAGUGGCGGCGGUAGCAGUGACGAUGGUGAUGCCGCUGAUUAUGGCGAUGGUGAUUUUGUAGCAGGCGACGGCCUUGUUUGGCGUCCUUGGUGAUGUUUGCCAUAUGUACUCGUAUAACAACAACAACGAUAAUUUCAUUUUGAUUUGGUCGCUCGACCUUAAAUACCGUUAGUUUUACCUUUUACCACUUAAUCAUUUCAUAUUUAUGUAAUGCUGUAGUGCAUGUAAUGUAAGCGUAUUUAGUUGUAUGUAAUCAUAUAUAAAGGAUCUAUAUAUACCCUGCAGGGAAAAGGUAGACUUGUAUGCAAACAUUUUACUUAAAUACAAGUAUUUUAAAGAUGAAAUACUAGUUUGCCAUAUCUUUCGGUAGAAAAUCGGUAGUACGCGAAAAUUCCAGUAAAUAAACUAGUAUUUUGUGGAAAAAUUUAUACCAGUUUGUAGUUUUGCAGAAAAAAAGCAGAAUUCAUUACGA